CCUCGCUUCCCAAACCAGGGGGGGAAAAUGCCAAGACACGAUUUGUACAUUACAGUUCCCAAUUUGUUUCGAUGUCCGAUAUCGUUAGACGUGAUGACAUCCCCUAUGAGCUUGUGCACGGGUGUAACGUACGACCGAACCAGCAUCCAGCGUUGGCUUGACAGCGGCAACAACACGUGUCCCGCCACCAUGCAAGUUCUUCAAACCAAAGAUUUCGUUCCCAACCGUAAUUUACAACGCCUCAUUCAGAUCUGGUCCAACUCGGUGGCUUGCCGUCAACUCCACGCCGAAUCGGUCGUCGUUCCUUCUCAAGACCAGGUCAAAAUUUUGGUCAAACAGCUUGAUAAUGGCUGCAUUUCAGCGUUAACGAAGAUCGUUUGUUUCGCGAGAGAAUCAGAGGAGAACCGCGAAUUCCUCGCGAGAAUGGACGGAUUUCUGAACGCGGUUUACGAUUUCAUGAGGAAUGCGGAAGCGGACAUCAAAUUAAUCGAACAAGUUGUUCAGAUUUUGGAUUUGAUGAUAAAUAAAUAUUUGGAUAAGAAGAAGCCAUUAUUGGAAUCGAAUUGCUUGUCGACGAUUCAUCUUGUUUUACAAAUAGGAAGUUCAGAUUCCAAAAUCCAAUCGGUUCGGUUACUGGAAUCUCUAGCGGUGGAUGGAGAAUCCAAGCUCAAAAUAGCCGAAAAAGAGGGGUUACUAGUCGAAUUGGUAAAAUCAUUAACUAAGGACAAUGAUCCAAGGUUGAUCGAAGCGAGCUUAUCUUGUUUGAUAGCAAUCGCGACGCGCAAAAGAGUGAAAACAAAAGUAAUCCAAUCUGGAACAAUACCAGAAUUAAAGAUCCUCUUAUCUGAACCAAACAUGACCACCGUUUCGAUGAUCGAAAAAUCACUAAAACUGCUGGAAACAUUAUCGUCUUGCAAAGAAGGGAGUGUGGAGAUACGGCAUGAUUCGAUAUUGCUACAAGCGAUCGUGCAGAGAGUAUUGAAAGUAUCGAGCAAAGCGACGGAGCACGCAGUGACGAUACUUUGGAUGGUUUGCUAUUUGUUCAGGGAGGAGGAGGCGGUAGAAGCGGUGGUUAGCGGCAAUGGGAUGACCAAGAUUUUGUUGCUUAUUCAAAGCAAUUGUUCUCCGGCAGUUAGGCAAAUGUCUGCCGAUUUGCUCAAGAUUUUUGGGGGUAACUCUAAGCCUUGUUUAUCAAGUUAUGAUACUAAGACCACCCAUAUCAUGCCCUUUUGA